CCGCGCGCACAUCCGGCGCCCUCGCGCCCGGUGUGGCGACGCCCCUUCCGAGCAGUCCUCCUGGUUCCCGGGCGGAGCCAUUGCUCCCCCGAGCUCCGGGACCCCUGAUUGGUACGUCCGCGCCCCUCCGUCGGGCUGCGGCAGGGGUACCUUCCAGCCAGCACCGGAGGUACAAGGAGGCAUUUCGUGAGUGUGUGCACCCACUUGGUAGGCGGGGUACCCGCGUGAGGACAGCAGGAACAGCCCCAUUCUGUACGCGGUGUCUCCCACUUCCUCAGGCUGGGCGCCUUCUUACACCCUUGGUUGCAUCCGUGCCCCGGAUAAACGCACGGGCGCUGCUCUGCACUCCCCAGAUGAGGAACGGAAGCUGGGAAGAAUGGCUUGCCUUAUAUGGAAGGAGCUGAGACUCUCCCCUCUGAACCACUGAACUGUCCUGCCUGCCGCCGCGGGUGGGGACCCUGGAGACUCCGGGGGAACAGCAGAGGCCUUAGCAACGCAAGCCACCGUGUCGCGACAACAGGCCAGGAGGCGAAGCAGCGCUGGGCUUAGGCGACUGGAGCUCCCUGUGCCCAUGGAGGGCGUUGCAGCCACAAGACUCAAGUCGGGGGCCCCACCUCAGGCCGUGGAAAAAGUUCUGCCACAGGCUGAGGACUGGCUGUUGGGUGUCACUGAGGGUGCUUCAGCCUGGGCCACCAGCCAUGAGACAGAGCUUCCCUCAGAUCUAGAGCUGAGUGAGGAACAGCAGCUGCAGAUCUCCAAGGAGCUGGUCGCACUGCAGAUCAGGGCCCAUCAGCUGCAGGAGCAGCACGAGGCUGAAGUCUUUGAGUUGAAGAGCGAGAUGGAUGCCGGCCUGUUCACCGGGUGGCCCUGUGAACGGGUGCACCUGCUCAUUCAGGUCCUGCAACUGGAGAGCCGGGUGCUGGAGCUGGAGCUGGAGGCUCACAGAGCGCGUGCGAUCCCAGAAGCAGCAGAUCAGAGGCCCCACCAGGCACCAGCACAGGAGCUUGGGCAAGAGGCCAGGGGUCAGGGACAGUCUGACCACCGCAGAGUCCAGCUGCAGGAAGAAGAGAAGCGGGCACCGGAGCAGGACAGGGCCCUGUGGCAGGCGCUGGAAACACGUGUGGCAGCCCUGGGCCAGCAGCUGCAGGGAGCCCGAGAGGAGGCCAGAACAGUUGGGCAGCGACUGGCUGCACAAGCCUUGGUGCUGUCUACCUGCCAGGGCCAGCUCCGCCAGGCCGAGGCCGAGAAUGCCCAGCUGCAGCUGCAGCUCAAGAAGCUGAGUGAGGAGUAUGCCCUCCGGCUGCAGCACUGUGCCCGGGCCGCGGCGGAGCACGCAGGUGGUACAGGCCACACAGCUACAGCCCUGCAGGCAUUUCUGGAGACCACCCUGGAGGACAUCCGGAUGGCACACCGCAGCCGUGAGCAACAGCUGGCCCGGGCCGCUCGCGCCUACCGCAAGCGCCUGGCAGAUCUGAGCCGCAGAUACGAGGAGCUGCUGGUCACCCACAGUGUGUGGCAGGUGCUGGUGGGCCCCCAUGGGGCACUUGGGACCCCUGAGGCUACUUUCGAUGCAGCCACCUCGCAUCUGGGGCCCCUGCCCCUGGUCACUGAGCUCGGCCACCUGCAGAAGGACCAGGCAAUGCCGGAGACACAGCUCCAGAAGCUCAAGGCCCAGGAGGGACGGGAUGAAGCCUCCCAGCAGACCACAUCCGAGCCACAGGGCCUGGAAGCUGCAUCCUGGGCCCAGAUCCACCAGAAGCUCCAAGACUUUUCCCAUGGCACCCAGGCAGAGCUGGAACGGGAGCGGGCCCAAUUGCUAGUCAGGGCCACAGUGGCCGAGGAGCAACUCUCCGAGCUACAGGAGUAUGUGGACCAGCACCUGGGCAGCAGGUACAGGCAGGAGAUCUUCAGGCUGAGGAAGCUGGUGGGUACCAGGGACCCCUGGAAAGUGGUGGCCACACCGCCAGGCAAGCCCCCACACCCGGAGACCCACAGCUGCUAGCUGGUCUUCGGACAAACUCGGAGAACUCUUCGCAGCCAACAUGGAGAGCUCCCCGCCCCACCGCACCCUGAAGGACCAUUCUACCCAACAAGAGCCAAGGCAGA